GAGUCCUGGCAGUGGCCGCUGGAACCACCGCUUCCGAGUUUUGGACCUCCUACCAACUACCAAGUACCAACGACCCAUAGAUAAAAGGUUUAUGUACCGGCCUCUGCAGAUCUACCUUCCUUCCUCGACUUUUGUAUAUAUAUUUGAGGACCGAAUCCGAUCUCCACAACAUACUAAGCUGCAUCCUCUUUGUAACUACUUAGAAACCCUAACCAAAUUUGCGAGUUUCAAAUGGCAAAUCCAGAUGGCGCUCCCCGAGUUUUCUGCAUUGGAACUGCCGACACGAAGCUGGAGGAGAUCCGAUUCUUGGCCGAGUCUGUUCGAUCCAGUUUGAACAAUUUCUCCAACACUUCUUCUACUACCAAGGUACAAGUGACAGUUGUUGAUGUAUCUACCCACCAAAACGAGAUUGACAGUGUGGGGGAUUUUAUAUUUGUACCCAGAAAGGAUAUCCUCUCUUGCUAUUUUGGGUCUAUGGAACAAACACCUGGCCCACUGCCAGAGGACAGAGGCAAAGCUGUUGGCAUAAUGAGUAAAGCACUUGAACAUUACCUUAAGAAAGCUCAGAAGGAUCAUGUUCUUGCUGGAGCAAUUGGUAUUGGAGGAAGUGGAGGCACAUCUAUUAUAUCAUCUGCUUUUAAAUCUGUUCCCAUUGGAAUGCCUAAGAUUAUUGUAUCAACUGUAGCUAGUGGUCAAACUGAACCUUAUGUUGGCACCUCAGAUUUAAUAUUAUUUCCAUCAGUAGUGGAUGUAUGUGGGCUUAACAAUGUAAGUAGGGUUGUUUUAUCAAAUGCUGGUGCUGCUUUUGCUGGAAUGGUGAUUGGAAGGCUCCAGGCAUCCAGAGAUUCUUUAAAUAGUAAUGAAAAGUUUACUGUUGGCGUAACCAUGUUUGGAGUGACAACUCCAUGUGUAAAUGCUGUCAAAGAAAGAUUGGUUAAAGAAGGAUAUGAGACUCUGGUUUUCCAUGCCACUGGAACAGGUGGAAGGGCUAUGGAGGAUCUUGUCAGAGGGGGAUUUAUACAGGGUGUUUUGGACAUCACAACAACAGAGGUUGCGGAUUAUGUAGUUGGAGGUGUCAUGGCUUGUGACAGUUCCCGCUUUGAUGCCAUGAUAGAGAAGAAGAUCCCUUUAGUUGUGAGUGUGGGAGCAUUGGAUAUGGUGAAUUUUGGAACCAAGACUACCAUACCUUCUCAUUUACUGAAAAGAAAUAUUCAUGUACAUAAUGAGCAGGUAUCUCUUGUUCGAACUACGGAAGAUGAAAACAAGAAAUUUGCUGGCUUUAUAGCAAACAAACUGAACAAAGCAUCAUCAAAGGUUCGUGUUUGCCUUCCACAGAAAGGUAUCUCUGCUUUGGAUGCACCAGGGAAGCCCUUUUAUGAUCCUGAGGCUACCGUUACUCUAAUAAAGGAACUACAGAAGCUUAUUCAGACAAAUGAAGAUCGACAGGUAGAGGUGUAUCCUUACCAUAUUAAUGACCCUGAGUUUGCGAACACAUUGGUUGAUUCAUUUCUGGAGAUCAGAAAAAGGCAUUCCGAAGAUGCUGAUCCUCGUAAAAUUGCUGCUUUUGUACCCAAUCAAGACCUUCAUGAAGAUUCUAUUUCUAAACCGAAUUUGUUGGGCAAUGAAACAAUUUGUUACAGCCCAAGUGAUUUUCCUGAUGCGAGGCCAGAGACCUUGCAAAGAACUAGGUCAAUAAUACAGCGUCUGAAAGAUCAAAUAAGUAAAGGGAAACCCAUAAUAGGAGCUGGUGCAGGAACAGGCAUAUCUGCAAAGUUUGAGGAAGCUGGUGGUGUGGACUUGAUAAUUAUUUACAACUCGGGCCGCUUUCGGAUGGCAGGAAGGGGUUCCUUAGCAGGACUGUUACCUUUUGCUGAUGCAAAUGCAGUGGUAGUUGACAUGGCCAGUGAAGUGUUGCCUGUGGUUAAAGAAGUACCAGUUCUUGCUGGAGUAUGUGGAACUGAUCCUUUCCGCCGAAUGGAUUCCUUUUUAAAGCAGUUGGAAUCGAUUGGAUUUGUUGGUGUGCAAAACUUUCCAACUGUUGGACUUAUUGAUGGUAAUUUUAGACAAAAUCUGGAAGAGACGGGAAUGGGAUAUGGCUUGGAGGUCCAGAUGAUUGGAAAGGCACAUAAAAUGGGUCUCUUGACAACUCCAUAUGCUUUCAACCGAGAUGAAGCUGUGGGAAUGGCAAAAGCUGGUGCCGACAUUAUUGUGGCCCAUAUGGGACUCACAACAUCUGGAUCUAUUGGUGCAAAAACAUCUGUUUCAAUUGAGGAUAGUGUUGUUCGUGUGCAAGCUAUUGCAGAUGCUGCACAUAGUAUUAAUCCUGAGGUUAUUGUGCUCUGCCAUGGAGGUCCUAUUUCUGGUCCCGAAGAGGCAGAAUUCGUAUUAAAGAGGACCAAGGGAGUUCAUGGAUUCUAUGGCGCAUCAAGCAUGGAGAGGUUACCAGUUGAACAAGCUAUAACAAGCACAGUCCAACAAUACAAAUCAAUUUGCAUAAAGUGAAAGUGCUUUUUGCCUCAUCAACCCAGAUUCAAUAUCUUAUCCCUGAAUGCUUUCUAUUCCAUAUACGCAGGUAAGAACAGGGGAAGGGAUCAGAUUUGUCCAACUAGUAGCUAGUGUGAUAACUUUCGAAAUGGAACGUCUGAUGUUGGUAAGGAAUAAGUUUCAUGGCGCAAAUAAAUAUCGGAAAAAAAUGUUGCCAUUUUUCUUACAGAAAAUAAAGCAAAUCUAUUCAUGAAA